AUGGAGUGCGAAUCAGUUCCGGACCCUGCAACAACGCCUGCGGCUCAUGGGACCACCUUGGCGUACUUCUACGGCUGUGGGGGGCUUUGCGUCGUUUUCGCCCUGAUGAUGCUGUAUUCGAAGUGCCGAAAGUUUAGGUGGUUUGCUUUGGCCACGUUGAGCGAUGACCAGGAGAGCUCCGCCUGGAAAAGCGACUUGCUCUACACGAUGUUCUUUGUCCUCUCCGCCGGUGGGUAUCUCCUGGCAGCAGUGUCCACCCAGGUGUACCCGGCCGCGAAUUGGGGGAUCCAGACAAGCAAGGUGUUCAUCAUCUUGGCUUGGACUUGUCCACUCGCGGCUUGCUGUGGGGCGGUGCAGGCCAUGUGCACGAGGAGGUGCCUGAAGGGAAGCGUUUGGCUUCUGGGCCUGGCGUCGGUUUGCACCGCCUUGGUCGAGGUCGCGAUUCCAGGAGACAGGCACUUCCAGGGAUUUAUGUGGUGCCUUACGGCCUUAACCUUGGUCUGCGCAUUCGCCUGGGCAGUGGUGCCAUUCUUCGACACGACGAAGGAUCCCUGUCCGGGUGCGGUGGGAAAUAAUCCCUGUGGCGGCUACCGCAGUUUCUUCUACAUUCUGGCGAUGACAAGCCACAUGAUGGUGGCAAUCUGGGAACCGGAUUGUGGCUAUGCGGCCCAUCCCGUUUGCUACGACAGCUGCGGUAUGGCGCCGGGAUUCCAUUUUGUACUCGCGCUGAUUUUCAUUGUGCCUUUCUACGUCAGCGUGAUACCAUUCCAGUGCUAUCCCUUCCCCGUGGCCUUCCCGAAGAUACCAUCCUGCUUGGUCCGCACACAGCCCGAAGAGGACAGAUGA